AUGCUCUCGAUCUGGGCAACAUCCAGUAUCCUAUUCUGGAUCCUGUCUGCCGCAUGCCUAAUUCUUCUCUGGCUUACCAAGUCUAUCCUCUAUGAGCUUUACUUCUCGCCGCUGCGCCGCUUCCCAGGCCCACGGUCCUGGGCCAUUUCCCGCAUUCCACUGCAGAUCUCCGUUCUGCGGGGACAUAAUCACAUCGAUAUCACCGCUCUACAUGACCGUUAUGGUCCCGUUGUGCGCAUCAGCCCUGACGAGCUGGCUUUCAAUACUCCACAAGCUUUUCGAGAUAUCUACGGUUCUCGACCAGGUGGAUGCUUUCCGAAGGAUCGGAGCCGCUACAUCCCGCCGGCGAAUGGGGUCGACCAUCUCGUAUGCGCGAUAGAUCAUGGCGUACAUGCUCGUCAACGACGACUACUGGCUCAUGCGUUCUCGGAGCGCGCUCUCAGAGACCAAGAGGGCUUGAUUACGGGGUAUGUGGAUACUUUGAUUUGCAAGUUGCAAGAGGCAGUCAAGGCCAAGAAUGUCCCAGUUGAUAUCAAGAACUGGAUGAACUUUACUACUUUUGAUAUCACCGGUGACCUGAUGUUUGGUGAAUCUUUCGAUUGUCUCAAGGAUAGUCAGCUGCACCCGUGGAUCCAGUUGAUUUUUAGCUCUAUCAAGGCUCUCGCCUUUAUUGGAGCAGCGCAGCAGUUUCCUAUUCUGAAGGUGAUGCUUGCUGCCCUGAUUCCGAGCGAGGUCACACGCAAGGGCAAAGAGCAUUUUGAACUGGGUUCGAAGAAGGUGGAUCGUCGCUUGCAGUCGGAUAUCUCUCGCCCAGAUUUUAUGUCAGCCAUUCUGCAGAAUGGACUCAGUGAAGUUAAGGGACAGUAUCUGAAUGGUGAGAAGAUUAUGAGUAGGGCUGAGAUUCAUUCGAAUGCUUUCAUUCUCAUCAUCGCUGGCAGCGAGACUUCGGCGACCCUGCUUUCCGGGUGCAUUUUCUACUUAUGUACACAUCCACUCGCCAUGCGCCAACUCGUCGCGGAGAUUCGAUCGACUUUCGACAAGGACACGGAUAUCAGCUUCCGCGGCGCUGCAAGUCUGACAUACUUAGCCGCCGUCAUCGAGGAAUCUCUACGGAUGUACCCGCCUUUUGUGACAAGUCUUGCUCGCAUUGUUCCAGUAGGAGGAUCUACAAUCGACGGCCAGUAUGUUCCUGGAGGGACAACUGUUGCAUGCCACCACUAUGCAUCAUACCACUCUGCGUCAAACUUUACCUUUCCCCACGAUUUCCUCCCAGAGCGUUGGCUCGGCCAGAACGCGCGCUUCGAUCAAGAUAAGAGGGACGUUCUUCAGCCUUUUAGCCUUGGACCACGGAAUUGUCUUGGGAAAAAUCUGGCAUACUGCGAGAUCCGCCUCAUCCUUUGCAAACUGCUGUACCACUUUGAUAUCACGCUGUGUCCCGAAAGCGCCAAUUGGACUGAUCAGAAGGUUUUCUUUCUGUGGGAUAAGCCUAGGCUUAUGGUAACACUGCAGCAUCGAUUCUCGGAAGAGGGCGAAGGUAAGGAUGAGUAG